AAACGAACCACCUCGGGUCCAGAUGAGUUACCACAUUGGUUUUGGAACACCUAUGCGUAUGACAUUGCGCCUGUGAUAACCAUCAUUUUUAACAGCUCAAUCAAACUGGGCAUUGUUCCUGACAGUUGGAAAUUAGCAAAUCUUCUACCUGUCCCCAAAGAAUCUCCUCUGACAGAAUCAAACCAAUUACAUCCCAUUUCGUUGACUAAUAUAAUUGUUCGCCUUUUUGAAAGAGCAAUCUAUACAACUGAAUUAGUCCAGGUGAUGGAAAACGCCAUCCAUAAAGAUCAGUUUGCAUAUAAAAGAGGUUAUAGCUCUACAAUGGCCCUAAUAAAAGCGCAACAUACCUGGAUGGAAUGGUUGGAUGGUAAUGCUAGUAUGGUACGCGUCUUCUCUUUUGAUUUCAGUAAAGCUUUUGACACUGUACCGCACGAGAUUUUAUGCAAUAAGGUGAAGAAGCUUCCUAUUAGUCCCUAUAUUACCAAUUGGAUCAUUCAUUUCCUAACCAAUAGGUAUCAACGAGUCGUUGUUGAUGGCGUUAAAACAGAAUGUUUGGCUAUAAAUCGUGGAGUUCCUCAAGGAACAGUAUUAGGUCCAAUACUGGUUUCUAUGAUGAUUAAUGAUAUCCGUCCUGUUCAAGCCUCAAACUUAAUUGUUAAAUUUGCAGAUGACAUAAAUCUAGGGAUUAAGGUCACAGAUGAUAGUGACGCCUCUUAUAUGGAAACAAACAAUAUUAUCAACUGGGCGGAAACAAAUCGCAUGAAACUUAACUACAAAAAGACGUGGGAGAUAGUCAUUCACGGCAAGAUAACCCGGCCACUUCCUGCGCCUCUGCCUAUGAUUGUUCGUAAAAAUUGGUUGAAGAUACUUGGUGUAACGUUUCAAGAGAAUCCUUCCAUGUGGGACAUGCUCUAG